ACAACUUUACUGCCCUCCCCUCCGAGGAAAAGAAGUUAGAGAACAGCAGGAUUUUUAGUUUGAGCAUAAGAGAAGAAUUGACAAAAAGCACAAAAGAUACAUUAUCUAUGCUAAAAGGCUGUAUCUGAUGACGAGUGCUGAUGGCAGGAGCUAAAUUAGUGGAAAUGUGGAACAGAGGAGAUACAGGGAAAGACUCCUGCAUGGAUCAAGAGAGGGAGUCUCAGUCAAGUAAAAAAUUAUCCCAUUCAAUCGAAGAGAUACUGAGGAGGCCCACAUGUGCCAGAAGAGAGAAAAAAGUUCAUCACAACCGGUCUGUAAUAAAGGAGAACACUGGAGUGUCAAACGAGUGUUUAUCUGCAGAAACCCAGCAAAAUCGACUACUUAAGGAGUCUCCAACAGCCACCACACCCUGCAUAAGUCAGAGAAAAAAGAGGCAAACCAGGGUCACUUUCACGCCGUUCCAAGUGCAAGAGCUGGAGAAAGUCUUUCAGCAGACUCAGUAUCCAGACGUCAACAUCAGAGACGAGUUAGCCUCUUGCCUGCACCUCACUGAGGGCCGAAUACAGAUUUGGUUCCAGAACCGCAGAGCCAAAUGGAGGAAGGCCGAAACACUGAAGGACAUAGAGCUGAUGACUAGACAGCACAUACAGUUAGCUACUCAUCAGCCGCUUUAUUAUGAGAAGCCCCAGCUGCAAGCAACGUGCUGGCUGCCAUGCUGCUUGCCUAAAUUCACUCAUUCAAGGUUGUUCCUGAGAGCAACAUCAACACCAGCCACACUGAUCAACCCACUGGGGACAGAAAGAUAGCGUCUUCAUUAUUCUUACAAAUGAGUUUAUUUCUCUAGAUCCCCAUUAGCUUCCACUACAGUGGCUGCUAGUUUUCCUGGGGUCCACAGGGUCAAAAAUACAUCCUAAAAAUUACAGUGUAAAAAAUAUAAUCAUCGUAAACACAAAAGUAAAAGGAAACAUUUGUGAUCGAGUAGCAUUAGGGAUGUUCAGUCAUGUAAUUUAAAAGUAAAAAAAAAAAAACGUGCUGAUUGUGGUUUUGGUGAUGAUACUAUACUCUUAAAAUUUUUGUUUUAAUGAUGUGAGAUACAAAGAUCAUGAUGUACAAAACUAGUCUCAACUAUAAUCUUUAAAUUUUAUAUUUUUUAUAUGAAGAUUUAUCAGCAAUUGUUAAAAUGUGUAGAAGAAUAGAAUAAAACUAUUUUCCACCAAAGUGGAAAUUUGUGUUGGCCGCCUGAAAUUAGCAUGUUACCAACUGAACUUUUUGUGUAAAGCUGACAUUUAAAAUGAAUCCUCUGGCUGCCCACUGAGAGCAUUCACUUGGCUUUCUUUGUAAUAAAAGUUCUUGUGAUAACUUUGUAGACAUGUCCUGCAUUUAGUUCAAGGUUUGGGGAUAAG